GUUCAUUUGCUCUUCGUAACCGAAGGAGGGUGGGACGAAAAAGGUGCAUAUCGCACUUGGGGUAUUGCAUUCAAUAUUUUUACCUGAGUUAAUUCGGCGAACGGCUGCCACUGUCUUCCCUUUAGUCAGUAACUAUUCGCGUCUUCACUCGUGUCUUGUGUGGCAUUUUAAAAUGUCGCAAAGAUUGUGGUUGCUAGUGGAAUGGGUGGACGAGCGUGACGUUUUCCCCAGUUAUGGAGUGGUCAAUGUUGGAUCCUUGAUUGGUAAUGAAACGCAGCUACACGUUGGGAAAAUGAUAUUUGUUCGAGAUAAGCACGGGAAUAAUACUCGGCGGGCGCAAGUUAUGAGGAUAUCGGAUAAUAAACACUAUGUGAAAGAACAAAAGAAAUUGGUGGAGAGAGAGGAUCAUCAAGUGAAGAAUGUAUUAUCGCUUUGUAUGCGCACUAUUCGAGAAAUGAAAUCCGGCACAAUGUUUUCCGGGAUCAUGAGUUCCGAUCAACCGUCUCAAGGAGCUUCGACUGGACCGGUAUCAUUGCCUCAAGUGGUGCCGGAUACUGAUAAUACUAGCAGCGAAAGUGAACAGGAGAUGCAUUAUGAAAUCAGCCGACGUCAUAAAAAGUCGUACCAAAAUGCUUACUAUCAUCGUGAUGCUUCCAACAGUCGAAGCAGACAGUCCUCUCGGUACCAGGCUCCAAACCCCAGGAGUCGCUCCAUGAUCUGCAGCACUCCAGUAUCAAUACAAGGCGCACGCAUACCUGUCUUGACCUGCGAACAGAGCACCCAAGUUGACUUCGACGCGGAAGACCGUAAACAAAAGGUCGAGGAGAUGGAGGUUGUCGUUAAAGGCCUCUACGCCCACUUUUUGGAAUUAGUGGCUAGAUGUCAUAACGAGAAUGUCCCAUUGCCGGAGGGUGUAGUUGACCCUUUCGAGCGGAAUGAUGUUCCAGAACGUCAGAACGGAACGAGGUCACCGAUGGAGCAUCCCAACGCAGCGGGGGAGAAUUUGACUGUGAACGGAAACCAUGUGAAAGGCGAAGCGGUUUCGAAUCCUAAAACAUUGGAAGUUCGUCGAGUUUCAGCGCACACGACCAACACUGGCGAACCGUGCUAUAAUGGGAUCGAUUACGAAAUGGUACCAAUUGGAGCUGGAAACGCCGUUGUGCCAAGCAGACUGUUGAACGAUAUAGACUGGACAUCCUAUAGCACCGCCACGAGACAACUUCUGCAAGCAGUGUUUCCUCGCAGAGUACUUGCCACUCAUUCACUGACUGGCAAGCAAUCGCCAGCCUUCAUGAACAUCCCGCCGAAGAAGCGGCUCGACCCUCAAAUCGUCAAUGACAUCGUGGACACCGUUGCUGAACGCUGCGGCGUUUCUAAACGGCUGGUCAGAGGCAGCAUAACGAUCAAAUGCACUGACGAGGCGAAGCUCUACCGCAACCGGCUGCACUACAGGCAGUCUCGCCAGCACCCGAACCAGGAGAAUGUCCCGCCCGGACCGUCCUCGGACGAAUCAUCUACCGUCACCGAAUAAAUUCGUUGUGAUACGUUGACACUUACUAAUAUAAAAAUACGCAAAUUAUAAUGAGCGCUUUUAUACUUUAUCGUGGUCGUCCACGUCAAUAGCACAUUUGACCGUUUCGAUAAAGCAGGACAUAAAUCUACUAGUUUGAAUGCAAAUGCAAUCGCUUUUAGUUUACCGUGGCCGGUAACGGAAUAUUGUGGACGUCUGAUCCACGAUAAUUUAAAAACGACUGCACACGAUAUACAUUUAGCGUCCCUGCUUUUUAGAGACGGUGAAACUUGGAGGCCGUGGACAUCCACGGUAAAGUAUAAAAGCGUCAAUUCAAUAAUUGGGUACUUCACAAUAAUUACAAGGAAUUAGCUCUUAUUGUCCAAAGUAAAUUAAAAUACAUAGAUGUCAUAUGAAAUAAUAACUAAUCAUGACUUCUUGUAGUUGGGGUUUGGAUCGAAAAAGCGUCUUGAUAUGAUUUGAGGUUGACUCCUGAAGAUGCAAUCUUGACCGCACGAGAUUAUGAUCUUUAUCCGCAAACCAAACUUCAAACGGACGACCAGAAUCAUGUUACUGUCUCUUUCACUCUUGUUAUGACAAUGCAAGAUGAGAAGUUUUAUGACCCCGGUUCUCAGAUUGGUUUACUCACGGUCUGGUUGAAGUCCAGCAAAAGCGGGAGGCAUUUGUUUGCUAAAGUGAUUUACUUAGGUCACAUCCUUUAUCAUCCAUUCUCAUCUCACAAAUAGCCGUCUCCUAUUCGUGUAGGACCGUGACACAUUCGAUUUUAAAUGAAAUAUGUUGGGAUUUCACAGUUCCUUGGAACAUAUAGGAAGAUUCCUUGAUUCUGAAGGGUCUGUUUGACAUAUUUUGAGAUGAACUUAUAGUACCUAAAAAGCGGUAGAAUGUCAAAUUAAAUCUAGGCAGUAUCCAUGAUAUUCACGAUAGUUCAAUAAAAAAUUAAGUUCAUCUUAAAUAAUGUCAGCUAACUUGAAAGUUCAUUUUUGCGUAAUUAGUCAGAAUUUGUCAAAAGAUGUCUUUUGUCUCAAAUGGUUUUAAAUAUAACCAGCAGUGCCUUGCUCCAACGUUCCUACUGUUCAAUUAACUACAAACCACGCCAUACAAUGAAUAAAAAUAUAAC